UAUCGAUAUAUACACCUAGGGGGCCUCAUUCUCGUUGAGCCAUCUCUAGUUCGCAACUGAACUCGUAAAAAAGUGUAAUAUUUGUUUACAUUGAAAAAAGACGCAGAAGCGGACCAGCGGACGCAAUUCAAUGAGGUGCUUAUGAGCUAACUAGCAGCAGGACGGCAGCCAAGGAACACGGAGACGAGGUCUGGAUCAGCGAGCAGGGAGCCAGGAAUCACAGGCUAGAGGUCAGCGCAGACCGGUGGACAGCAGGUGACCUAGUUUACGCAGUAGCAGAAGAAGAUUAGAGGACUGGCGGCGGCGUUUCUGUGGCAACUCCUACUGGGGCUGUUCUGUUGUGUUAAUUGAACUUAGAGCACCAACGUGCACUGCCAUUAGUUGUAACCUUAAUAUACCUACCUAACGUAAUUAGUGUAAUACUUCUGACACGGAGCAGAGCAGCAUGUCCAACUCCCAUUACAACAACUACCAGCAGCAGCAGCCGCACUCCAGCAACGGGGAUCCGGAAUACCAGCACCAGCAGAUGGUGCACCAGCCGCAACGGUUCUCCAACGGCCAUGGCAUGAAGAGCGUCGCGGUGCCCGACAUGUGCCUCUUCUGCUUCGAGGUGCUUGACUGUGAGCUGAACAAUGUCGAUGGUCCGUCGGUGCCGGUAUUCAGCAACGACGCCUACCCACUCUUUGUCACCUGGAAGAUUGGGCGCGACAAGAGGCUGCGUGGCUGCAUUGGUACUUUUAGUGCAAUGGAACUGCACCAUGGUCUGCGGGAGUACGCCUUGACCAGCGCCUUUAAGGACUCCAGAUUUGCCCCUAUCUCUAGGGAUGAGUUGCCCCGGCUUACCGUCUCGGUCUCGAUCCUGCAGAACUUUGAGGAGGCUCAGGGCCACCUGGACUGGCAGCUAGGCGUCCAUGGCAUCCGCAUCGAGUUCCUCACGGAACGCGGCUGCAAGCGCACGGCCACCUAUUUGCCGCAGGUGGCCACCGAACAGGGCUGGGACCAGCUGCAGACCAUUGAUUCACUUCUACGGAAGGGCGGCUAUCGUGCUGCAAUAACUUCGGAGACAAGGAAGUCCAUCAAGCUUACGCGCUACCGUUCGCAGGAGAUUCAGAUGCACUACAAGGAGUACCGCGAGUACCAGGAGCGUCGCGCCCAGUUCGGCAAGGUGCAGUGCUAACAAUUGGACAGGACGGCGGCGAGGCGAUGAUCCUGGCUGAGGGCAGGCCUAAUGGCCGUCGUCCUCUUGCUGCUGCUAGCUUUUCAGUUCGGCCCAGCUUGGCGGCUGCUCGCUUAAUCCGAGUUAUGAGUUAAUACAUCUCCAGCAACAAUUUUAAGCCCUCAAAAGUUCUCCAAAAAACGCGCAUGAGAUGAGCGCCUUUUACUAAAUAUACCAUUUAAUGCUUCAAAUACUUAAGCGGCAGAUCCGUAAGCAAUUUCGAAUGAGAUAAGAAGAAAAGUUUUUAAACGCUAUGUUGAAACCCUUGGUUUCUCUUUAAAUCAAACACACACAAACUAAAACAAACAAAAGCAUAUACAUAUAUGGGGAUAUAUAUUACCGAAUCAAUACAAUACAAAAUGCAGAUAUAUAAUUCAAGUAAAAUGUUCAGCAAUUAUAUUAUAGAUUUAACAACUAAACCAAUUACAUUACUAAUUCUAAUUCUAUGCGCAUUAAAUAAAGGUCGACCCCUUCCGAGUCGCACAAGACAAUGCAAAA